UUCUUUUCCACGAGCCCUAAAUUUCUUUGCUCCUCUUCGCUGCGAUCAUGGCGUCAGCUGCCCAGAAGCGCCGGAUUCCCGAUAGCUUGCGCCUUGGCGGCGAUAGCGACGACGAGGUGGACGAUAAGCGGCUCAAGGUUGAAGAUGAAAAGAAAGCUCCAGCGGAGGAGAAAAAGAAAUCUCCAGUGGAGGAGAAAGUGAAAUCUCCAGCGGAGGAGAAGAAGAAAUCGCCAGCGGAAGAAGAAAAGCAAGCUCCAGCGGAGGAGGAGAAGAAAGAGCCAGAGGAUGAGAGUCGACUCAAGACAACGCUCGAUGUGGCCACUUUCAAGUGCUGCAUUUGCUUGGAGAUCUGGCACGAUGUGGUGUGCGUAUCACCCUGUCAGCACAACUUCUGUAACGCGUGCUUCUCGGAGUGGUACAAGACCUCUCAAGCCAGAGGACAGGGCGGGUGUAAGUGUCCGCAGUGCCGCGGUGAUAUCGUCUACGCCUGUAAGAACCAUAUGAUGGCUAGCUUGGUGGAGGACUUGUUAAGCAACAAUCCUUCUCUCAAGCGCUCGCCGGAGGUGAUUGAGAAGAUGGACAAAGUUGCCGUGGUCACCUCGAGCUUUAUGAAACUAAACAAUCCAAAACCGAUUACCAUGAGCAACUUCCGCGCAAACUUGAGCAGCAUGCGACCGGUUGGCAGCAACUUACGCACAACGCUGAGCAGCGUUCCGGUUGUGCCAUCCUUCCCAUCUCAACGAGAAGGCGAGGACGAUGAGGAUGAGGGGGAGAGCAUUCACGAAUCAGAGGCCGAUAGUCGUGACGGUGAUGCCGACCGUGAUUAUGAAAGUGAAGGUGGUGAAGAUGAUGAGGAGCGGACUUCCUGUCGACAAUGCAACUCGAACAGCAGCGCAUUCCAAUGUCAACCUGGUAGUACGCAUUUAAUCUGUGACAAUUGCGGUUGGGAAAUGCCAGAGAGAACGGAUCUUAGUGUUCCGCAAAGAUGUGCUGCCUGCAGAGUUAUAUGUUGCGAUGCUUAUUGGCGCUCUCAGAACCUUCCCUCGGACUCUGGCGAGAUCGGAUGCCCAAGCGAAAGACUGCUACCUAUGAACGAGCGGCAAAUAAGUUCCAUUCCCCAUGGAACUCACAAGUCCAAUACAGUCGAGCAAGAGUUUACAAACCAAUACAUAUCUCAGCAUGGGCUCACCGUCGAAGGUGUUGUGAGGGAUUGGAUGCAGAAGGUGGAUCGGUCUGAGCUUGCCCUCCCAGACAUGCAAGCAAUAACGUCAACCUCGGCAGUCUGCAAUGACUGUGCUGACAAAGUCAUUGGGCACUUGUUAGACAAGUUUAGGAUGUCCAUCCCGAAGACGGAAAUGCCCCCUGAGGCCGCGAGAAGGGAUGAUUGCUGGUAUGGACUUGCGUGCAGAACUCAAACGCAUAGCACACACCAUGCCAAGAAGCUGAACCACGUCUGUGAACCGACCUCUAGAAACGUUGUCUUACGCUAAGGAUUGGAUAUAGAUAUUUGAUUGUAAUUUGUAAGCAGUCUCCACUGCAGGCAAUGACAUGCCUCUCCUUUUACGGACACAAGAGAUUAUCAAAAUGGAGCAAAGCGUCAACCUGCAAAAAGCU